UUGACACAUAUGUCAAGAUUGAGAUGCAAAAGUUACGAUGAGUACGGGACAAUAAAAAAACAAUCAGAGCUGAGAUGUACCAGGGAUUACAAGAUAUAUUUAAUAGCGGGGUACGAAAUGCUGGUUAAACUGGAAGAAAACCGAUACCAAGAUGCAAUCUCUUUAGUUCAAAGGUAUGGAAAACCGGAUUUAUUCAUCACAAUGACAUGUAAUACGUCGUGGUAUAAGAUAGUGAAUGAAUUGGGACCAGGCGAAACUCACCAAGACAGGCCUGACCUAACAACAAGAAUCUUCAAAGCAAAACUCGAGGAAUUGAAAAAGGAUAUUUAUAAUCGCGGAGUCUUAGGUACUGUUGUAGCUCAUGUUCAUGUUGUGGAGUUCCAAAAGCGUGGUAUGCCCCAUGCUCAUAUGUUGGUGAUUCUUAGCGAUCAAGAAAAGCUGAAUAAUCCAGAUGAAUAUGAUCAGAUUGUGCGCGCAGAGAUUCCUGAUCCAAGCAUUGAACCCGAAUUAUAUGAAAUAGUGAAAAAACAUAUGAUACAUGGACCAUGUGGCAGACUGAAACCAAAUUCUCCCUGCAUGAGAAAAGAUUCCUGUAAGAAAGCAUAUCCACGUCAGUUUUCAGAACAUACGAUCCAAGAAAAUGAUUGAAUAGAAGACGCGAUAAUGGGAUCACUGUGGAGAAAGGUGGCCUUUUCUUGGAUAAUCGAUGGGUAGUACCAUAUAACCCUUGGCUCUUGAAGAAGUAUAAUUGCCACAUCAAUGUUGAAAUAUGCUCCAGUAUUAAGGCCGUGAAGUAUUUGUACAAGUAUAUAUACAAAGGACCUGACAUGAUUUCCUUUCAG